UUUUGAUUCAAUCUGGAAGGGCUGCGGACUAAUUUCCCAGAGCAGCUCUGCAAUUGGGUCUUCGACCGAUUUGAAACAAGUUGGCAAUGGCAGCUCAUGGUGUCCGCAUUCCGGCUUUCCAUGCGGGCAUUUGUAUUCCUCCACGGAAUCUCUUUGGGGCCCAGAAAUGCUUUUUCUCUUCACCAGCCGUUCAAAUCAAGCAAAAAGGUUUAACCGCUGCUGUGAUCUGUGAGCCAGGUGCUAUGCACAAUCCCACAAAUUCAAUAGGAUCCUUUAAGGAGUUGAUUGAAUCUCUUAUAAGUAAGGUAGAUUUAUCCGAGGAUGAGGCUGAGGCCUCUCUUGAGUUUCUGUUGAAUGACACUAAUGAAGCAUUGAUCAGUGCUUUUCUUGUUCUCUUGAGAGCCAAGGGGGAGACGUUUGAAGAAAUUGUUGGAUUGGCAAGGGCAAUGAUCAAACACAGUCUCAAGGUUCAAAAUAUAGGUGAUGCAGUUGACAUUGUUGGAACUGGUGGAGAUGGGGCAAAUACAGUUAACAUCUCAACUGGGGCUUCUAUUCUUGCUGCAGCUUCUGGCGUGAGAGUUGCAAAGCAAGGAAACAGGUCCAGUUCUUCUGCUUGUGGAAGUGCAGAUGUGUUGGAAACAUUGGGAGUUGUCAUUGACUUGGAGCCCCAGGGGGUGGAGAGAUGUGUAAAGGAAGCAGGCAUUGGUUUCAUGAUGGCUCCAAAGUACCAUCCAGCAAUGAAAAUUGUUGGUCCUGUGAGGAAGAAGCUUAAAGUGAAAACUGUGUUCAAUAUCUUGGGUCCUAUGUUGAAUCCUGCACGGGUACCUUUUGCAGUUGUUGGUGUAUACAAGGAAGAUUUAGUCGAAAAAAUGGCUAAAGCACUACAAAGAUUUGGCAUGAAGAGAGCAUUAGUUGUCCAUUCAGAGGGUUUAGACGAAAUGAGCCCCCUUGGAGGUGGCCUGGCCCUUGAUGUUACUCCUGAAAAGAUUGAGAAGUUUUCUUUUGAUCCAUUGGAUUUUGGAAUACAAAGAUGUACACUGGAAAGCUUGCGAGGAGGCGGGCCAGAGUAUAAUGCAGAGGUACUGAGGCGUGUUCUGUCUGGGGAUAGAGGACCCAUUGCAGAUGCAUUUAUACUAAACGCAGCAGCAGCUCUCUUAGUGAGUGGGCAUGUGAGCAGCCUGAGUGAAGGAGUAACCCUGGCUAGAGAAACACAUCACUCAGGGAAAGCUCUCCAGACGCUUGAGUCUUGGAUACAAAUCUCCAAGGAUGAGAGAGAGAAAGAGGGAGAAGGAACUUCUGGCAUGGUGGGCUCAGUGUUGAGAGGGUGACAACGUGAUGGUGUUAAAACUGGAGUCCUAUGGAAGAACAUAGCAGUUAAUGCAGGGGGGCCAGAAACCAAUAUAAUUCUGUACGAGUUACACAACAGAUUUAAGAGAAAUUAAGCUCAGGAGACAUUAUUGUCAAGGAAAAUCAUUGCUAAAGCCUGCCAGGAUUGGCCAUUAACUAGGAGCUUGCAGGAGCUGUUAUCUGGUCCCAUAUGCAAUAAACCAAUGUAACUUCUUGACAUUGACUUUUCUUGGGAGUAUCAAAGUUGCAAAUCUGAUUUGUAAA